AUCUAAUUUGUCCAGUCUGAAUUCAAAUUUGAAUACGUUCUGAACUAAGUGGUUCUAGCAUUUCCUUUUAAAUUCAGUGAAUCCUGAAUAUUUGCAAUAUAUAUUAAUGUUAACUCAUGGAGCCUCCUUCUAUAGAAACGGUUUAUCAAGCAGUUUAUACCUUAUUCAAGGAUUCCAAUGUCACCGAGAAAGAAAAGGCGUCGUUAUGGCUGGGAGAGUUUCAAAAAUCCCUUUAUGCCUGGAAAAUAGCAGACGAAAUGCUGUACCAGAAAGUUGAUAUUGAAUGCUGUUAUUUUGCUGCGCAAACUUUGAGAACAAAGAUCCAGUACUCCUUCCAUGAAGUUCCUCUUGAAAAUCAGAUAAGCUUGAAAGACUCACUUUUGAAGCACAUUGCCAAUAUUGAUCACGCAACUAGUCCUCCAAUUGUCACCCAGCUGUGCUUAGCUGUGGCUGACUUAGCUCUACAAAUGAGUAGCUGGAAAGAUCCUAUCUCAGAACUCAUCACACAGUUGAACCCUGUCAAUUCCCGAGCGGUUCUAGAAAUCCUCAAGGUCCUACCAGAAGAGCUGAAUUCAAGAGCACUAAGGUUAGGAGAAAAUAGGAGGCAAGAAGUUCUAGAGCAAUUCCGGGCAUUCCAUCCCAUGUUAUUUGAAUGUUGGACUGUUUGCCUGAAGAAUGCUGAGAACAAUGUAACCAUCCAAAACAAAGUGUUGCAGUGUUACACAUCAUGGGUGUUAAUCUACGUUGUGCCUCCUGUCCAAGCAGCUGACAAUCUUAUCAUCAAAUUUGCGUUCCAUACGUUGAGUAGUCCUGAUGGUAUGAUGGAACUCCAUGAAUCUGCAGGAGAUUGUCUCUCUGCACUUUUUCAGUGCCUCCAGACUGAUGAAAAUUAUCCAAGUGAAAUCGAUACUCAGUUAUAUUUAGGUGUAGAAAGUUUGAAGGAUCUUUUCCAUUUAGUCAGCACAAGAGAGGAAGAAGAGAAAGCUCUCAACUAUGCAAGGAUAUUUACUGAUUUAGCGGAGUUUUUCAUUGAAAAAAUGAACACUAAUCACUUUUCUAUGAAGACACUUGAUCUUCUACUGAUAUGUGCUACCCACUAUGAUUAUGAGGUUGCAUCAAUUACAUUUAGUUUUUGGCAUAGACUUUCUGACAGCUUAUACCAAAAGAAUGAUGACAGUCUGACGGAAGUUUUUAAACCUUAUGUUUUAAAAUUAAUUGACGCUUUAAAAGGGCAAAAUGAAUUGGACUCUGAUUUGGAAGGCUUACUAGAAAGUGGUGACGACUUCAGCGAAUUCAGGAAACGAGUUUACGAGCUUAUUAAAGACGUAAUUUUCAUUGUUGGAUCUUCAGUUUGUUUUAGACAAAUGUCUGUGUACCUUUGGAAGCCGAACAUUCAAUGGCCUAAAUUAGAGUCUGCUCUUUUUAUCAUGAAGGCUGUAGCUAAGAAUAUAGUACCAAAAGAAAAUGAAGUAGUACCUGAAGUACUGGAAGCGGUCUUAAGGUUACCUAUUGAAUCAACUCAUGUAGCUGUACAGAAUACAGCAAUUUUAUUGUUAGGAGAAUUGUGUGACUGGAUUGAUGCUCAUCCCCACUUUGUAGAACCUGUUUUAAAUUUUUUGAUUGCCUGUCUAAGGCAACCCCAUGUUGCAAACACAGCUGCAGAUGCGUUCCACAGUAUAUGCUCCGUUGCAAAAACUCACAUUGUACCUCAUGUUGAAAGUCUGUUGCCUGUGGUCAGCAUUAUUCAUCAGUUGGAUUCAAAAGCAAUCUCAAAUGAUUCCGCCUGCAAAAUACUGAAAGGAUUAGGUUAUGCUGUCAGUUUACUACCCCAUAAUGACAUUCUCCCUGUUUUUGGAGAAAUGUGUGAGGUUCAAGUCAAAGCACUUGUAGAACUGCUAAAUAACUCUACAGAUGUAAUAAAAAGUAUUAAGGCAAAUCCUUGUGUAUGGAUGGAUAGACUGGCAGCCAUUCUCAGAUCUGUUAAUCCCAAAGUUGAUAACUCUCAUGAGCACCCGUGUCUGGAGGUUGUGUUGAAGUGUUGGCCUGUCUUAGAAAAAAUUUGUCAGACUUUUAAAGCUGAUAUAUAUGUAAUGGAACGAUGUUGUAGAUGCCUCCGAUUCACAGUUAGGUGUAUUGGAAAACACUCGAAUCAACUUCUUAUUCCCAUAGAAAAUCUGUUAGUAACUCUAUACAAUGAACAUCAGCACAGCUGUUUCCUGUAUCUAGGAUCUGUUUUAGUAGACGAAUAUGGAGCAGACUUAAGCAAUCAAGUACCAUUAUUGAAAAUGUUAGAGGCCUUCAUUCCACCAACGUUCAUGCACCUGCAGAAAAAUGGUCAGCCUAUCAGUGGAUUAACUCUUAAACAUCAUCCAGACACCAUAGAUGAUUUUUUUAGACUAUGCCAAAGGUUUAUCCUGAGAGCUCCAAUUCCAUUUCUGACAUUGUCAGACGAAAAUAUCAGUUUCAUCAUGCAGCUGGCUGUGUAUUCUGUAACAUUAGACCACAAAGAUGCAAAUGCAUCUGUCACCAAAUUUCUCUGUGAUCUCAUCUCCUGUGGAAAAUGUCAUGCUUCCUCAAACGAUGGCGCCGUCAAGCAAGAACUUGUUGUUAAAGUCUUGGUAAACCAUGGUCAAUCUUUAGUCGAUAGUCUAAUUCAGGCCUCAAUAUUUUUGCUACCUUCAUAUAUGAUUGUGGAUAUUGCCGGCACCUUCUUUGAAUUACUAACAUAUCAAAAAGUGCCAGUACAUCAGUGGCUUCAAGAAGCCUUAUCAAAACUACCUACACAUAACUCCGGCGGAACAGAAACUGUCAGUCACACACAACUAUUAGAAUUUUACUCUGGGAUGACAUGCGCAUCAAAUCCAAAGACUCUGUCUCAACUUCUAAAAACACUUGCCAGGCAGUUCCGUUAACACUUGGUUCCUUGUCAAUCAUCGAUUUGUGUUUUUAAAUGUACACUUGUAUUUAAUUUUAUGAUCUUAACAUUUUUAUUUGUUUGUUUACAAUAAUAGUUACUGUAAGAAACUGUUAA